AUGUCUCUCUCCAGCCCCGAGCACGACCUACUGGAUGCUUCAUGGCUCGACAACACGCACGACCUUCCGAGCAAGGCCGCGAACAGGCAGGGCAAGCCGGCAUGGCAGGUGCAUCUCAAACCCCCCCCGCCCGCCUCCACCGACGUCGCCCCCUCGUCUCUCCGCAAUUCCCCCCUUCCCCGCGACGCGACUCUCGAGGGCCUCCUCGCCGCGCAGCUCCCGCCGCCGGGGGGUGCGGGGGGGAACGCGGCGGCACUGCGCGAAGAAGAGAUGGAGGCGUGGUUUCAGUACCCGCUGGGCGAGCCCAUAGACGGUUUCGGGCGGUUGAGAGCGGUGGAGGGACUUAGUGUCGACGACGGCGGACAGGGGUUGGAGGGCUGGCGCGCAGAUGAGAUCUCCGCCGUGCAGGCCGGAGCCGGCGCAGACAUGGGCGCACAUGCCGCGGCGCUUUGCGGAAACUUGCAGGCGCAGAUGCGCGCCGAGCCGGUUGGCGUUUCCGCGACUGAGAUGGGAGGCAGAGGCGCGGGCGGACUAAACAGCAUGGUGGCCGCGUCGCUGUUGGCGCAGAAGCGGGGCUUAGGCGGACUUGGCGGAGCGGAAGCCGGCGGGGGUGGUGCGGGGGAGAGGGGUGAGCGCGAGGCGCAGCUGUUGAAUCACCUGCGGCUCCAGCAGCUACAGCAGCAGCAGCACGUGGCUCAGCCCUUGGGCGCCACCUCCGCCACUCCUGCGGUCUCCGCCGCCCCCGCCGGUGCUGUGGGCGCGUCGUCAAGUGCGGCGCCACAACCCGGCGGCAACGCCGGCAUCGCGGGUGUGAGCGCGCGCCUGGCGAGUAAGGCCCUGGCUUCUCUUAAAACGGGCAAGCUCGCGCCGCGUCCCGCGUCGUCCGCUGGCGAUUCCAACGCGCUUGCCGUCGCUCCCACCGAGGGGAUUCGCGAUGCAGCGGUUGGCACGACGGCGACUGCAGCGGCCGGCACGGCGUCAGGAGCGGCGGGCGCGUCGGCACAGGGUGUGUCGAAACCUCCCGCCUCGCGUAGCAACGUGCCGCGCCAGGCCAGCGAGUCCAACACCAGUGCCGUCGCGAUUACCGGCGCGACCCACGGCGCGCCGCAAAGUGCGGCGUGCCGGCCUUUGCCGUACGCCCCAUUAAACGUGUCGCGCCAGCAGCAACCGCAGCAGCGGCAGUUGCGGGCCGACGCGCGUCAACACGAUCAAGCGCAGGAGCCGGCGGCAACUGCGGCGGAGCGGUCGCCCGACGCGGGGCACGCGUCGACGGUGACGAGCAACGCGCCCGCCGGUUGCGGAGUGAACGGCGCGCACAAAGCGGAAAGAGCCGCGACGGGCAGCUCCGGAAUGGUGAGGCGCGCGGAGGAGGGUAGCGGAGGCGGCAGUGCAGGGGGCAGCGGGGGCGAAGGAAGCGCGGGCGGGGGCACGGAGCGGACAGGGCAGGCGGAGCGGCCUGCGCGCACCGCCAGCAUCGGCGGAACGAAGGACUCGUGGCUGCCCGGAGCGAGCCGCGGAGGGGCGCGCGGAGGGCGGAAGCGGGGGAGGGAGGAAGGGGAGUACGCGCCGACAGAGGACUUGCCCGAGGAGAGUCUGGAUACGCGCAAAACGGGCGCGACUGGCGCUACGGGGGCGACGAGCGGCGCGGGACGGAGAAGCGGCAUGGAGGGCAGCGCGGCGAAGCGAGCGCGCGCCGCUGAAGUGCACAACAUGUCGGAGCGGAGGCGGCGGGACCGCAUCAACGAGCGCAUGAAGGCGCUGCAGCAGCUCAUCCCCAACUCCAACAAGACGGACAAGGCGUCGAUGCUGGAUGAGGCGAUAGAGUACCUGCGGAUGCUGCAACUGCAGCUGCACGUCAUGUCCGCCCGCACAGGCAUCGCGCUCCCCCCCGCGCUCGCGCUCCCCCACCCCACCUCCCUCUCCGCCCUCCCGUCUGGCACCCCGUCCGCGGACCAGCUCCCCGCCCCUGGCGCUGCGCUGGGAGGCUUUGGGCUCGGGGGGAUGGGAAUGGGGGGGAUGGACCUGGGGGAUAUGGGCUUGGGGAUGGGGGGAAUGGGUGGCAUGGGCGGAAUGGGCGCAAUGGGCGGACUAGGGGGAUUGGGGCUCGGCAUGAGGGGGCUGGGGCUGGGAGGCAUGGGAGGUUUGGGUAUGGGCAUGGGCGGAGGCAUGGGCGCAGGCAUGAGCAUGGGUCUAUCGGAUUUCUCGUCCCUGCCAGCAGCGCAGCAGGAGAUGGGGUUGAUGAUGGAAAUGGCUGCUGCAGGGGCCGCAGGGCGAGCCGCCGACGCUGCUGCUGCAGCAGAAGCGGCAGCGGCAGCAGAUGAAGCAGGUGCGAUGCAGAGACAGCGGGUGCAGCAGCAGCAGCAGCGGCUGAUGGCGCAGCUGCAGGCGCAGCAGCAGCAGCGCGAGCUGCAGCGGGAGCAGCUGCAGCAGUUGCAGCACGAAGCCCAGCAGGUGCAGCAGCAGCAGCAGCAGCGGGAGAGGCAGGUGCAGCAGGCACGGGAGAGGGCAGCGCUGGGAGUGGGCAUGCAGGGCGAGGAGGCUCUAAAUGGGCUUAAUGGGGGUGGCAACGGUGGUGAUGGCGGGUGUGGGGCGAUGGGCGGGAUGGGUGUGGCAGCGGGGGGUGCAGAAAGGGGGGAGGGUGGGCGGCAGCCUCUCAACCUGGAGAUGUACCAUGCCUUCCUGCAGCAGUAG